AUGGCCCCAGAUUCUGACAUGUUGUGGGAAGAGUUCUCUCUUCGUAUGGAGAAGAGCUGUCAGAGUUCGUUAGUCUCGAUUAGAGUCCCAUUUAUGGAAGAAUUGGCACAGCUGGUUCAAAAAGGGGGAUUCGAGACUCCACAAUUAUCCCAAAUUUCUCUCACUCUUUUAAAUACAUUUACGAGAUACCAAGAUUCGAAAUCAAAAUCGCUAGUAACCGAGAUCUUACAAACUAUUCUAGGCCUCGAUGGGAGAUUCUUGACAAAGUAUCUCGAAUUCAUUCUAGGUCAAGUGAAAAAAUCCCCGGGAUCUAAGGCAAUGGUUGAUUACCUCAAUUUGCUUGAGUGGAUUCAUGCAUUUUUACAAUUCAUUGUCACGGAUGAUUUUCAAUUCGAGCAGCAUAUUGCUAGUCUGCUGCAAGCUCACGCAUUCACCACUUUUGGUAUCGAAAACGUUUUGGACAGUCGUGAGACAGUAAAGAAGACCCAUUACGAACAAAAUCAGCAUAGAAGAAGGAUGCGUCAGACAAUCUUGCAAUCAACGACAAAGGCUUUGACCUCGUCGCUCAAACAUGACAGUGGGGAAAAGCAUCUUGCUUUAAUAUUGAAUUCACUGCUCAAAGACACCAAACUUGGACUGCCUUCGUCGGGUGUAGUCCUUUUGAUGGGGGCUCUCACUCUUUCAAGCUUACAGAUGUUAUCGUCGAAGCCUUCGCUACACAAUUUCAUAAAAGAAAAUUCGGUUGAUGAUUUUUGCUCAUUUGUUGGAAGAGAAGUUAUCCUCGGAAAAGCACCACCUUCAGUGUUCUCACUCGAAAUAUCCUUGCGACCAUUUAUCCAUGAGUUUGUCACCGAAAAUGGUUUCAAGACUCACUAUCUACCCAACAUGGAGAAAGCCAAUCUAAGAAAUCCACUUUAUGGACUAAACUUUUCAGCUGAAGCUUAUGCUGGAAUUUCUGCCAAACAAGUGGACCUUUUGCAUAUCUUCGUGUCAUCCAAAUUAAUGACUCAAAGUCUUUCCUCGCUCAAGAGUUCCAAGGAAGAAGUGAGGAAUGCCUCAUUGCAGUCCAUGCUGGCGCUACUCUCUGCAAUAUCUUCUGAAAAGACCAAGGCGGAAGAUCUCGCUAAAUUCGUGGAUGAGCUAUUUAGAAAUGUCAAAUCUAAUCUGAAUGCUGAUUAUAAAUCUAUGGCAUCUACGAUUUUCUCCAAUAUUCCAGCAAUAUCUCCAGAGGUGAGUUUAACGAUCGUUAAGAAUCUUUCAGGUUACAUUGCAAAAGAAGCAAAUGAACAGGCCCUUAGUCGCAUGCUAGAUGCCUUCUUCUGUCAUUAUUUCAGCCUGAACGAAUCGGAUAAUACAAUCAAUCAACUAAUCGCUGGAGGUCUGGCAGAUAAAAGAGCCAAUGUCAGAAAAGUUUGGUUUUGCUAUUACUUGAAAAACUGCUCUAAGGCGUCGCCAAAUGUUAUGAGCGAAUUCGAAGACCAAUGUCUUGAUUUUUUGAAAGAUACACUCACACACUACCAAAGAAACGAUCAGAUGAGCAAGCUUGCUUGCAUUGAGUUCAUCGAUUGCUCGCAGAAAGCGGUGGACUUGAACGAAAAGGUGAUAGAAGCUAUAAGGGAGCUGCCUGAGACGUUCAUGCUAGGCCGUUGUUUUCUGGAUCUGACAUUGUCUAGAACUUUGUCUGCAUCCGACCGUCUGAAAUGUGUGAGUAUUCUAGAAGAAGCUUUUCAAAGGGAACCUGAAUUGGUGGGCUUGAGUGUUGUCGAAGCGCUCGAGAUAAAGAUCCAGGGUGAGGAAGACGAACCUUCGGAAGCCACUUCCUACAGAUAUAUUACUCCUGUACUGAAUGUUAUUUCACAACAUGUUGUGCAAACAUCUUCCCUAGUUAAAGUCCUUGUGAGACUCUUGACGAUAUCACAGUACGAAAAGUUCAGUAUGAAGAAUAACUGGGCUGGCUUAGUGAUGAACGCUAAGCUGGAUCCGGCCAAACUAGUUGAAGAUAGUAAGGUUGAAAUUGUGAAUAAGUUCUCUCAAAUUUUGACAGACCCAACCUUGGCGGAAUCGGUAUAUGGCCAUUGUGCUUUGAAAGCUUUCGCAUAUGUCUCCUUCAUUAACAGUCGUGCCAUCGCCCCAAUGGUUUCUAAGAUGGUCGAAACUGAUUUGCAAACUGGCGAGCUAUCGAAAUACACCGAGAAUGAUUUACUAAUAUGGGCAGGUAAUGAAGGCGAAAUGGUUUUUGACGUCUUGGAAACUAAUACGUCAAAGCAGUCCAUCGAUAAAAACUCCAAGGACUACGUAACGCUUAAAUGGGAAGCUAGCGUCAGGAAGGAACAAGCAAAGAAGACCAAUAAAAAACUGACAAAGGAAGAGAUAUUGCUGGUCAAAGAACAACUCGCUAAGGAAUCAGCAGUGAGAGCUAAAGUGUCGCAGAGCGCUUUAAAGCUAAAACGCAGUAUUCGGCUGGUUAAACAGCUCACUAAAGAUGCAGCUUUAGUGGACAACGGCAAAAAUCUAUGGUUUCCAGUUGCUGUCUCUCAUUUACUCACGCUAAUGCAAGAACCAAAUUCCUUGGUCUUAGUUGGAAGGUUGGCUCAAGAAUCUUACUUAGAUUUAUCUACCAUCAUAUCUGAAAGGCUUGGUACCGUACGUUUGUUUAUUGGCACAGCUAUUUUGCGUGUUCUUAAGGUACCUGGUAUCGAGGAGCGUUUCCUUCAAGAGCCAGUCUUUGAAUUGUUAUCAAGGGUGUUGUUUAGGGUAAAAUUUGUUUCUGGUCAAAACCCUCUAGACUCCAUCACUUUAACAUAUCUUCUUCCCUUACUGAUUAACGUUCUGGAGGAAGGUAAAAGAGUGGCGAUAAAAAAUGCUGAUAAGCCAAUCUCGAGAACCGAGUUUGUCGAAGAGGACAAAGAGGAAGAGCAUUUGUUGCUGGCAAUGGAGAUCAUUUCAACGCAUGCAGAGGCAUUUGAGGACUCUUCCAUCCCAAGAGUACCAAUAAUUCAAGUGCUACUAUCGCUUUUGACGCUGCCAUCAAAGGCCAAGUCGGCCAAAGAAUGCCUGAACGCUUUAUGUCAAAGUAUCUCGGUGGCUCCUACAGGUGAAGAUUUGGAAACACUGAUAUCUAGUGUUUUGUCACCCAAUGAGUUCGUUCGUUCCACAGUACUACAAAUAAUUGAUAAUGAAUUUGAGCUCGAGUCCAUGCUGAAACAUUCACCUGAGAUCUUUAUCUGCAAAUUUGAUUCUGAUGAAACCAAUGCAAGUGUGGCCGACUUUAUAUGGGAAUUCAACAAAUUCAGAAUCACAGAUGAAUUGUUGCACGCUCUAUUUACAUUUUUUGGUCAACCAGAUAGUGGUCUGAGACUUUUCACAGCCAGAGCAUACGCUGCCACCUGUAGGUCGCUCAUUCAUACCGGAAAACGUUCUCCGGAUCAAUAUGUGGGCCUGUUGACCCAGUUCUACUUAGAGAAAGCUGAACCUUUGAAGCCACUACUUGACGAAUACGGUUUAGUUGCAGUCGCAGCCGCCGAUAGAAAGGAUCCAUGGGAGGAAAGAAGUACUGCAGCUAUUGCGUUACACCAAAUUGUUGACUUCCUUGACAAAAAUGACUCAGUUACUAAGCUAGUCGAGUUUUUGGUGCAAGAUGGCGCUUUAGGAGAUAGAGAGCCGUUGGUUCGCCAAGAGAUGAAGGAAGCCGGUAUCGCUCUGAUAACUAAACAUGGGGCAAAUAAUGUGGAGCUUUUGAUCCCUAUAUUUGAAGAGUCAUUAAGCGCAAAGACCGCAUCGUCUAUCAAAGAGAACGUUAUUAUUCUUUACGGGACACUAGCAAGACAUUUGAAUUCUGAGGAUGAUAGAAUCCAUACAAUCAUUGCUCGGUUGAUUGCCACCCUCGACACGCCUUCAUCAGAUGUUCAACAGGCCGUGUCGGCAUGUUUGUCUCCUUUGGUUCCUAUGUUCAAGUCAAGAGCUGAAGAAUACAUAUCAGACCUAAUGACGAAGUUGCUGGAUCCUGUCACACCAAAGGCAUCCAGAAAAGGAGCAGCUUGGGGGAUCGCGGGGUUAGUUAAAGGCUACGGUAUCUCUUCUCUAUCUCAGUUCGAUAUCAUUCGUGAUCUGAUUGAAGCAGCCGAAGAUAAGAAGGAGCCUAAGCGCCGUGAAUCCGUUGCAUUUGCAUUCGAGUAUCUUUCGAAGUCUCUAAAGCAAUUUUUCGAACCUUAUGUCAUUGAAGUGCUUCCCAAUAUCCUGAAAAACUUGGGAGACUCUGUUCCAGAAGUACGGGAUGCCACUGCAGAAGCGACAAAAGCCAUCAUGGCACACACUACCAGUUUUGGUGUCAAAAAACUGAUUCCAGUCGCAAUCUCAAAUUUGGACGAAAUCGCCUGGAGAACUAAAAGAGGUUCUGUUGAGCUGCUUGGUAACAUGGCAUACUUGAAUCCUUCGCAAUUGUCCAGUUCCUUAUCAAGCAUUGUACCACAAAUUGUCGGAGUUCUGAAUGACUCACACAAGGAAGUCCGAAAGGCUGCAGACGAAUCAUUGAAACGAUUUGGUGAAGUUAUAAGAAACCCUGAAAUUCAAAAGUUGGUUCCAGUUCUGAUCAACGCCAUUGGUGACCCCACGAAAUACACCGACGAGGCGUUGGACUCCUUGAUUCAAACUCAAUUUGUACACUAUAUCGACGGUCCUUCUUUGGCAUUGAUUAUUCAUGUCAUCCACCGUGGUAUGCACGACCGUUCAGCUAACACCAAGAGAAAGGCCUGUAAGAUUGUCGGAAACAUGGCUAUCCUUGUUGAUACUAGAGACUUGAUUCCAUACUUGCAGCAACUAAUUGAUGAGGUCGAAACGGCAAUGGUUGACCCGGUUCCUACUACCAGAGCCACUGCUGCUCGUGCGCUGGGGGCCAUGGUAGAAAAGCUAGGUGAGGAGCAAUUCCCAGACUUGAUUGAUCGCUUGCUUGGUACGCUGAGCGACGACACGAAGUCUGGUGACAGAUUGGGUUCUGCCCAAGCUCUGGCUGAAGUGAUUUCAGGACUUGGUUUAUCGAAGUUGGAAGAAAUGUUGCCGACAAUAUUGGCGGGUGUUUCAAGCUUCCGAAGCUAUGUUAGAGAAGGUUACAUGCCUUUGCUGCUGUUUAUACCAGUCUGUUUUGGACCUCAAUUUGCUCCAUACAUUAACCAAAUUAUUCAACCAAUUCUAGCGGGUUUGGCUGAUAACGACGAGAACAUCCGUGACACAGCAUUGAAGGCCGGUAAGUUGAUUGUCAAGAACUAUGCUACCAAGGCUAUCGAUCUGCUUCUCCCUGAAUUGGAGAGGGGUAUGUUUGACGAAAACGAGCGUAUCAGGCUAUCCUCUGUCCAACUUUCUGGUGAGUUGCUCUUCCAGGUCACUGGUGUCUCCUCUAAAAAUGAAUUUGGAGAGGAAGAUGGUGAAUACCAUGGGGAAGUCACCAAAAAGAUGGUGGAUGUAUUGGGUCAAGAACGUCGUGACAGAAUACUAUCCGCUCUAUUCGUCUGUAGAAACGAUACGUCGGGUAUCGUCAGAGCUAGCACGGUUGAUAUCUGGAAAGCCCUUGUUCCUAACACCCCUCGUACUGUCAAGGAGAUAUUGCCUGUGCUAAUAAGCAUGAUUGUCGUUCACUUGGCGUCAUUCUCCAUAACGCUGCGCAAUAUUGCAGCACAAACACUUGGAGACAUGGUUCGCCGUGUUGGUGGAAACGCCUUAUCACAGCUAUUGCCUACUCUGGAAAGAUCUCUAGAGGACACGUCUAGUCCUGAUUCUAGGCAGGGUGUCUGUAUUGCGUUACGUGAGCUCAUCGAGUCUUCUUCUGCAGAAACUCUCGCUGAAUACCAACCCAUGGUUGUCAGGAUGAUACGUGACACUUUAGUUGAUAGCAGCGAGAGUGUAAGAGAGGCAUCCGCCCUGUGCUUUGAUGCAUAUCAAGAAGUGGUGGGUAAUGUUGCCGUUGACGAAGUGCUACCUUACAUGUUGAACUUACUCGAGUCUUCAGCGGAUUCACAAUAUGCGCUUUUGGGUCUUCAAGAGAUUAUGUCGACCAAAUCCGAGCUUAUUUUCCCAAUAUUGAUCCCAACACUUUUAUCUCCACCAAUAGAUGCUUUCAGAGCAUCCGCAGUCGGUUCCUUGGCGGAAGUUGCAGGUUCUGCGCUUUAUAGGCGCUUGUCAACCAUUAUUAAUGCUCUUGUCGAUAGUCUUGUUGGAGCUCCGGCUGACGACGCAACGAAAGAUGCUCUGAGAAAUGCUCUGAGUAAAGUGUUUUUGUCUGUAACUGAGGGAGAAGGCCUUCAUCCUCUCCUACAACAGAUCAUGGCCUUGCUGAAGAGCGAGGUUCCAGAAAAACGCAUAGUUAUUUUGGAGCAAUUGCCCGAAUUUUUCUCGAAGACUGUUUUGGAUUACGAAAUCUACACAACCGAUUUUGUUUCCAACGCUAUUCUUUCUCUGGAUGAUAAAGAUAUGCGGAUUGUUAAAGGUAAUUAUGAAGCAUUGUCUGCCCUGCUCGCAUCAACUAAAGGUAAAUCAGAUUUGGAGAAGUUCAUCAAGCCAGCUAGACAAGCUCUUCAUAUGACCGGAAAAUCAGGUGAAGACCUGCCAGCAUUUGCGUUGCCAAAGGGACCAAACUGUGUUCUACCUAUAUUCUUGCACGGUUUAAUGUAUGGCUCCAACGAUGAGCGUGAGGAUUCUGCUUUAGGUAUCGCUGAUGUAGUAUCCAAGACACCAGCUGCGGGUUUGAAACCAUAUGUCAGCACAAUAACCGGUCCGCUAAUUCGUGUAGUGGGAGAAAGAUUCAGCAGUGACAUAAAAGCAGCCAUUCUUUAUGCUUUGAAUAUUCUUUUCGCCAAAAUCCCACAAUUUUUGAGACCAUUUAUUCCACAGCUGCAAAGAACCUUCAUCAAAUCCUUGUCUGACCCAUCGAAUGAAACACUUAGACUGCGGGCAGCAAAGGCUCUAGGAACCCUAAUCGAAUAUCAACCAAGAGUCGAUCCAUUAGUGGUUGAAUUGGUUACUGGUGCUAAGCAAACUACUGACUUCGGGGUCAAGACAGCUAUGUUAAAGGCGCUGUUGGAAGUCGUGAGUAAAGCUGGCACUAAACUGGGCGAACCAUCAAAACUGAAAAUCGUUGAUCUUGUUGAAGAGGGUAUUUUAUCCUCAAAUGAUAAACUUGCAACUGCAUACGCAAAAUUGAUCGGUUCCGUUUCAGAAGUUUUGUCCACUGAAGAGGUUCACAAAAUUUUGGAGACAAAGGUGUUAGGUUCAGCUCUGACUGACGAUUCGAAGAAGUAUGGUAUCCUGACCUUGAAUUCCUUUUUAAGAGAUGUGCCCCUCCAUAUCAUCAACACAGACCUUGUGGAUGAUGUAGUCGAAUACGUCCGCAAUGCAAUUGAGUCACCUAACGCUUAUUUCUGCGAAAACGGUCUCAUAGCGGCAAGUAAAAUGUUGUUAUUAGAAAAUGAGACGAAGUCACCAUUUUCGAAAGCUGAAGCUCAAGAAAGGCUUCACCUAGGUGAGGAAAAUAUCAAACAGCUGAUGAAUGCUGUUAGCAGAGCAAUUGUACAACCUGUGAGCAGCUCACUGGAUGCUAGAAGGCUAUCACUUGUUGCUGUUAGAACUCUAGCCAGAUUCAAGUUUUCCGAAUGCGUUGAACCAUUUUUGGAUAUUUUAGGCCCUUCGAUCUUCUCUGGUUUACGUGACACGGUUAUUCCAAUCAAAUUGGCCUCAGAGAAGGCUUACAUUGCCGUUUUCAGGUUAGUUGAGGAAGAAGAUAUGGAGACAUUCAAUACGUGGUUUGCCAAGAUCUCCGCGAACUCAGAAUUGGCCAAUGCAGCCGGCGUCCCUAUACAAUCAAGAUCGAUCGGCGAUUACACCAAAAGAGUCGGUAAGCGACUCGCUAACGUUGAACGUGAAAGAAUCGCAGAAGGUGGUGAUGCCGAAGCCAUGUUUAGUGACAGAUUCGAAGAUGAGAGAGAACUAUGGGCAGUUGGUGGAGUUGAACUGAAAGAAGAUGUCUAA